AUGGCGAGUUCAAGGCUGUACAACUACUUCCAUGCGGGUUACAAGCCUGGCGAGCGCAUGCUCGUCCAAAAGAUUGAUUUCUUCAUCCUGACAUUCUGCUGUGUCAGCUAUUUUGUCAACUACCUCGACCGUGCAAACCUCACCAAUGCCUAUGUUUCCGGCAUGAAGGAGGACCUCGGCUUCAAGGGCGACCAGUUUAAUGACAUCAACACCUGUUUCACGGUUGGUUAUGUUAUUGGUCAGAUUCCGUCCAACAUCGCUCUUCACUACUUCCGCCCUCGGUAUUGGUUCCCGCUCAUGAUGGUUCUCUGGGGCGGCCUGACCAUGGUCACCGCUGCCGCGCAUCGACCGCAAUCCAUCAUGGCUAUUCGCUUCUUCCAGGGCAUGUGCGAAGCAUCCUCCUUCAUUGGUGCCCACUACAUUAUGGGUGCCUGGUACACCGAGAAGGAGCUAGGCAAGCGCAGCGGCAUCUUCACGUCUUCCGGACUGGCAGGUACUCUCAUCAGCGGCUUCAUCCAGACCGGCAUUCACAAGUCUCUCAAUGGCCGCAACGGCCUCGCUGGCUGGCGCUGGCUCUUUAUCAUUGAUGGCCUGCUCCCCAUCCCAGUGGCCCUAUACGGGUUCUUCUUGUUUCCCGACACACCCCACACCACCACCGCGUUCUAUCUGACCGAGGAAGAGCGGGAGCUGGCCAAGUCUCGGGUUCCCGCCGUAUCGAAGGAGAAAACACCCUUGACGUGGGGCUUCGCUCGCAAGGUGCUAGCUUCCUGGUAUUGGUGGGGAUUUGUCAUUCUCUGGAUCAUUGCCGGCGAGACUGAGUCCUUUGGAUCCAACUCCCUCAUCACUCUCUACAUGAAGAAGCACCCGACUAACAAAUACACCGUCUCGCAACUUAACAACUACCCAUCUGGUGUACCGGCAGUGGGCAUCGCAUCAACGCUCUUCUGGGCAACCUUGACCGACUUCUACGGCGGUAGGCGCUACCUUGUCGCCUACUGGAUCGCUAUCACCAACAUCGCCACGUCUAUUAUGAUCCUUGUUGCCUCCAAGCAUAUCAAAAGUCCCAACUCUACCCGGAUCAUCUUUGCGGCCUACUACUGGGCCGGCUCUGUUUAUGCCUGCCAGGCCACCUUCUUCGCUUGGUGCAAUGAUGCCAUGCGAUUCGAAGACGGACUUUUCCGCGGCGUCGUUCUUGCUGGCAUGAAUCUUGGCAGCAACGCAGUGAACGCCUGGUGGAGCAUCAUAUUUUAUGGCGCGUCCCAGGCCCCCAAGUUCCACAAGGGCAUGUGGACUAUGAUUGCCGUCUGCAUUGCUCUUGCAGUCUGGACCGCUAUAUUGAGCUACUACGGCCACCGAGAAGAAAAUAAACGCCUUCUCUCCGAAGGGGCCGAGGAGACAAAUACAAGCAUCGAUGUGAAAGCUAACGAGAAGGCCAUGUUUUAA